AUGUCCUCACCUACUGCGCAAUCCGCCUCCCCCGUCGCACUGCCCGAGCCGCCAGAAAACCCCGCCAACACCGUUCCAUCGCGCACGUUGUGGAUGGGAGAUAUCGAGCCAUGGUGGGACGAGGAGUUCAUCACACAGGUCUGGGGCGCCACAAAUAAACGCGUCCAGGUAAAGGUGAUCAAACCGCGCCAGAACUCGAUGGUUCAGCAGCUGGCCCAUUCGGGCUACUGUUUUGUGGAGUUCGAAACCCCGGAAGAUGCCAAAGACGCACUGAAACUGAAUGGAACAGUCAUUCCGAACACAACAGACAAAUUGUUCCGUCUCAAUUGGGCGUCGGCGGCCACUUUGAACUCGCAAAUCGCACAAACCCCGGAGUAUUCGCUCUUUGUGGGGGACCUUUCCCCCGCAACCACAGAGGCCCACUUGCUCGCGCUGUUCCAAACCCAUUUCAGUACGGUCAAGACUGUGCGAGUCAUGACCGACCCGGCCACCGGUCUCUCGCGGUGCUUUGGCUUCGUGAGGUUUUCCAGCGAUGAGGAUCGCCAGAAAGCCCUUGCAGAGAUGAACGGCAAGUGGCUUGACGGAAGAUUAAUUCGUGUGGCUUUGGCUACUCCGAAGCACCAGAACCAGCCGUUCCGCAAACACCACCAACACCCGCUCGAACUCGACCCAUACCAGAACCCCGGCCUUCCGCCAAUGGGCUAUUACGCCGCGCCGCAACCAGCUACCGCCUUCGCAGACCCAAACAACACCACCGUGUUUGUCGGUGGCUUGGCCAGUAACAUCUCCGAAGGCACGCUCUUCUCGCUCUUCGAGCCUUAUGGCGAGGUGGUACAUGUCAAGGUGCCGCCAGGGAAAGGGUGUGGUUUUGUCAAAUUUACACAGCGUGUCGAUGCCGAAAGAGCAAUUGAACAGCUCCAAGGGUUUGUCGUGGAAGGCUCGCGUUUCAGAUUGAGCUGGGGCCGUUCCAACAGAAACCACAUGCUUGCGGCCACGCUUGCGCAGGGCCAGCCUCCAAACCAGCCGGGCACCCCCCAGACCCCGGGAAUGGUGCUUCCUGGGCUUGCUCCACCGAUGUUUUACGACCCGUACGCUGCGGAGUCACAGUUUGUUGACCAGAACGGCCAGUACAUGUACGUUCCGCACUACGCUUCGAUGCUCCCUCCGGAGAAAACAGACGAGGUCUAA